UUUCGAAUGGGCCAAAAGGCGGCCCGCUGUCCAUUGUAAUCUGACUAAAAUCUAAAACCCUAUCAUCUUUUCAAUUUUACUCGCAGAGAUUUGACAACCGACCAUGGUACACCUCCGUCUUCGAUUCGUCGAUCCUCUUCAAUUCGUUCAUCGACCUGUGACUGACUACCUGCCAUUGUUUGUUUUGUAGGGUAUCGAUUUGGAAGCGGGUGGCAAAAGCAAGAAGACGAAACGCACAGCUCCGAAGUCCGACGACAUUUACUUGAGGCUCCUUGUGAAGCUUUACCGAUUUUUGGUAAGAAGAACUGGAAGCCAGUUCGAUGCCGUCAUCCUGAAGCGUCUGUUUAUGAGCAAGAUCAACAAGCCUCCGCUUUCUCUCUCUAGGCUGAUUUCCUUCGUGAAGGGAAAGGAGGACAAGAUUGCUGUGUUAGUUGGCACUAUUACCGAUGAUUUAAGAGUUUAUGAUGUCCCCGCAAUAAAGGUUUGUGCUCUGAAGUUCACCAAAACUGCAAGGGCCAGAAUAGAGAAGGCAGGCGGUGAAUGUUUGACUUUUGAUCAAUUAGCUCUUCGUGCUCCUUUGGGGCAGAACACGAUUCUGCUGAGAGGUCCUAAAAAUUCUCGUGAAGCAGUUAAACACUUCGGCCCAGCUCCAGGUGUUCCACACAGUCACACUAAGCCUUAUGUCCGUGCCAAGGGGAGGAAAUUUGAGAAAGCAAGAGGCAAAAGAAAUAGCAGGGGAUACAAGGCUUAAUUUUAUUGUUGCCUCUGAGGCAAAAGAAAUAUCAUUUGCACUCUGGUAUUGGGAUUUUGCAAGAUAUUAUCUAUCAUUAGUGUGAAUUGUUUCACUCUAGUUCUUAGUUGAUUUCCUUCUAUGAUUUCAAACUUUUUGAGGGGUAAUAUUUGGGAUCUUAAAUUUUCUUCUAUACCCAAUUGCGUCUUUUGAAUUUUGUUGUUAGACAGUUCACACUUCACACAAUCAUACCAAUAGGGUAAGCGGGGCCACAUCUAACAAGCAAUUGUAAGAAAGUGUGGGGUUUAUCGCAAAGUUGACGUGUACAUUAAAAUUGCUCAAUACUACAUUCGUCCCUAAUUGAUUUGUGAAGUCAACUUUUUU